CGCUUACACACGAGAACAAGAACAAGAACCAGUGUUGUUGGCGAACCACGACCUCACACGCAGACACACCACCGUGCAUCCAUCCAUCCAUCCAUCCGUCCAUCCGUCCAUCCAUCGUGCAUCCAUCCAUCUACAUAACACCACGAGAGCACCGACAUCAUGGAUGGUGGAGCGAGUCAGAAGCAGCAGGAGGAGAAGGCCAAGGCUGCCGCGCCCGUGGGUGCUGGCGGGCAGCGUGAAUCAGCAGCAGCAGCAGCAAAAAAGGGGAAGGGCGGUGAUGAGAAGCCCAGGGAGGCCAAGAAGGCACAGAAGCAGGAGCAGGGAGGCAACAAAGGAGGGAAGAAGCAGCAAAAGGGAAAGCAAGGAAGGAAGGGCGAUGGAAACAGCGGUGACGGCGGUCACCAGGGCGCCGGCAAAGGCGCAGCAAAACAGAAGAAGGCAGGCAACAAGCACAAGAAGGCUGCGAAAAAGAAGGGCCCCGUGAUCAAGCGCCAGGUUGACCUGUUCUCCCAUCUCAAGCAGCCCGACCACGCGCAUCCGCUUUCACAUCACAGCAACCGCGAGCAACGCAAGCUGCCCGAGCCCAUCCUGGAGAUUGGCGUGCGCAUGGCCCGUGAGCAGGUCACCGACCCCGACGAGCGCUGCAUCCUCCUCCUCCUCGCCCUCAAGGUGCGGCUCCCUUGCAGUGGGACAACACCACACACACACACACACAUACAGUCCCCACUGAUCACGCGUGUGCUGUACACGGCGUUCUGCGAGAAGGAAAUUGACUUCCGCGUUGUUGUCAUUGACUCGCGCCCGUAUCUGCCCGGACGGGAGCAGGUGAAGAGCCUUGCCCUCCACGGCAUCCCCUGCGAGUACACACUCCUCUCAAGCGUCUCCUACGCCAUGCGCGCGGCAACGAAGGUGUUCCUCGGGGCGCACAGCAUGAUGUCAAAUGGCAAUCUUGUGGCGAGUGCGGGAACGGCGCAGGUUGCAAACACAGCGUCCUUCUUCAACGUCCCCGUCAUCGUGUGCUGUGAAGCAUACAAGUUCUCAAGCGAUAUGCAGGCCGAUUCCUUCGUCCACAACGAGCUUGGGGACCCCGACGAUCUGCUGAACCUCCGCGGCGGAUUCGAGUCGUCGCUCAAGAACUGGAUGGACAUCAAGGACAUUAAGCUCCUCAACCUCGCGCGAGAUGUGACGCCGGCAAAAUACAUUGACGUGCUCGUCACAGACUACGGCCUCGUCCCGCCAUUCUCAAGUACUGCUGUGCUGCGAAAGAGCGACAGCAAGUUUGACCAAGCGUGAGUGCCAUCCAAAGCGACGACAGUGCGAUGGCAUUUUGUGGCGACGCUAUGGUGCGGGCAGAGAAGGAACGAGCACAGCUGCACGACACGCUGGUUCUGUUUCAACGUGGGCUGCAGGCGUUGCGUUGAGACACAGACUCGCUUUCCCUGCUGUUGGUGCUCGUACUGUUCUGCUGCGCGAUGUAAGCGUUUGUGAAUGACUUUGUUGUUGUUGGCUGGUGUUGGUGCGCGCCAGUCCAUGCGGUGAAUAAAGCAUAUGGAUCUCCAUCCCAGGAUCCGCC